AUGGCGGUUUGGGUCCGUCUUCCAAGGCUUGCCGCUGAGUAUUUCCGAGAUGAUGUGAUCAAGAGUAUUCUAGAGGGAGUUGGUAAACCCCUUCAGUUGGAUAGAACCACCGCUGCCGUCGUUAAGGGGAGAUAUGCCAGAGCUGUCGUCGAAGUGGAUUUAGACAAGCCGUUGGUGAUGGAAAUUUGGGUAGAAGAUCAGCUGCAAAUCGUGGAAUAUGAAAGUCUCCAUGUCGUAUGUUUUGGCUGUGGCAUGAUCGGACACCGCGAACAGUCAUGUCCUCUCAGCAAGGAAAAAAACGUGAAUGUGAACGAAAUGGAUCUUAAUGAAACCCCAGUGGCUGAGGAAGAUGGGGAGUCUCAGCAGAUGAACGCUAAUGACGUCCCGCCGAAACAACAUCCGUCUACCACUCCUGCCCAUUCUCCGACCAUUCCAGUAAGGGUAUCUCGACACGGCCCCUGGAUGCUGGUGACAAACAAAAAAGCGGAUAAACAACAUGCUAAGAAUAAUCGACAGAACAAACAACAUAACAGGCAGAAUCGUGUGUCGGGAAACCAGUUUGAGUUGCUCGCCAACUUGGAGACCUCGGCUGGUGAUUCCCAACCUCUGCAGCCGGUGGUGAGAUCUUCCACGGAGAGAGGUGAAUCCUCUAGAGAGGUAGGGGACGGGGAGGAGCUCGCCCGGGCGGCUGUGGUAUGGGGCGUGGGAUUGGUGGUCGAGGUCUUCCUGUUCGGUGGCCUCACAUCCAGAAUAGAGGGUGAUGGCAUGGGUUCUGCCUCCAUGGGGAUGGCAGUUGAUAAUUUUUGUUUCACGCCGGGGGAAGGCAGUUGUCAAUCUUCCCCUCGUGCCAAUCAGUCUUAA